ACAAAAUUUGGACAAAUUAACGCAUUGUCACGGAUAAGUUGGCUGAAUUUAUCCGCGUUAGUGACCAGCAUUACAAUUGACAUACCCGUGGCACCAUAAAUAAAGAAGAAUAUGCACAAUCAACAUACAGUUACUGUCCACUAUUUGAAGAAGCAUACCGUUGUAAACAUGAAGGACCUGAUUGAUAGUACAGUCAAAUGGAAAUGGCUAACCUUUCUAUUUUCACUUUCCACAUUCAUCUUCAUGUUUUUGUGCGUUUCAAUAUGGAUAAUCAAAGAUCAAGAAAUUGAAACAUUUAGUGCUAAUGCUGGAACCUGCGCCGCUACAGAGUUAGAAGAGAGGGGAGAGACUGAUAGCGAAAAAAUGAAUAGAAUACACGGAAGUAUUCUGGAGACAUUAACAAGAGAGGAAAUUAAUUUAGUGGUUGACUAUCUUCACGACAAAAUGAAUCUAAAGCAUCCCAAAGAAGCAAAAAUUGAUCAAAGCUUCAUACAUGCCAUAGAAGUUCAUACUCCCAAAAAGAAGGAAGUGCUAGAUUUUUGGGAUAAUAACGGUCCUAAACCUAAGAGGGAGGCUAAAGUGUUCAUAAUGCAUGGAGACCUUAGUCCGCCAUUCAUAGGAGAAUAUAUAGUUGGUCCUUUACCGAAUAUAACUUACGCUGAAAUAAUAAACACGACUGCAAGGACAACGAAAGUCCCUUAUAUUUAUCGGCCAUUUUCCAGUUUUGAGUUUAUGGCGAUAUACAGGCACGUGAUAGCAAGAGUAGCGAGGGAGGCUCAUCAAGUGCUGGUAGAAAGUUAUAAUGCAACUCCUUUUAAUUGUGGUAAUCAGUGUUUGCGGUUUUCUAUGACACCAAUAUCCAGCGGUUAUCUUCCGGAAGGAACAAGGAAGUCAUGGUUCUGGUUUGCACAUAACGUUGAGUUCUACACGCUGCACCCGCUUGAUUUUCAGUUUUUGGUAGACAUGACCUCGCAAGACCCCAAGGAGUGGAGAAUUUUAGAUGUAUGGUAUGCAAAUCAGCUAUUUGAAUCAUUAUCUGUAUUUUUAAAGGCUUACACCUGUGAGCAAAUCAACAAGACAAGAAUUCCAUUCCCAACAGGAGAAGAGAGAACUUUUAGUUCAUUGGAAAUGCGCGAGAAUCAGUUUCCUGAAAAUGGAAGGCGACCGCCCCGCCAAUUUUACCCAGAUGGACCUCGAUUUGAAAUAAAUAAGAAUACAAUUAAAUAUUUGACUUGGGACUUUAAAUUUAAAAUGUCGACAACAAACGGACUGCAACUUUUUGACAUUAAAUUCGACUCGGAGAGAAUUAUAUACGAAUUAAGCAUGCAGGAAGUGACAGUCUUGUAUUCAGGUUUCAGCCCUACAAACCGGAUGUUGUAUUAUGCCGACAGCGCUGGGUUAUUUGGAACCCGUUCCAGAGGAUUAGUUCCGAGUGUAGAUUGUCCCGAGAAUGCACGGUUUAUUGACUCUUAUCUCUACUCUGCCAAUGAGGAUGGUCACCGAACGUAUGAAAAUGCUUUUUGCGUAUUUGAGCACAAUUCAAACUAUCCUUUGCGGCGUCAUAGAGCUUAUGGUCGGUCUGGGGCAUUUUACGGCGGUUUAGUUAACACAGUCCUCGUUGUUAGAACAAUUAUGAGUGUUAUAAAUUACGAUUACGUGUUUGACUAUAUGUUCUAUCAAAAUGGAAUGGUUGAGAUACGGGUAUUACUUACUGGUUACCUGGGAACUUCAUUUUAUGUUCCUCAAGAAGAGCCUUACGGCGCGCAUGUGCGAAAGACAGUCAUUGCAGGACUUCAUAACCAUCUUUUCAACUUCAAAGUUGACCUCGACAUAAAAGGGACAAAAAAUAUAUUUGAAACCCUUGAUAUUAAAAUGGAAAACAAAACGGAUCCGUGGUAUGGUCAUCAUCAUAUGCAGAAUGCAUACAGCAGAAAUAUCCGGCAAACUGAAAAAGAGGCAGCAUACAAAUAUAAUUUUUCAACUCCGAAAUACUUGUUAGUUUCUAAUAGACGGAAACAUACGCCUCAAAAUGUUAGACGCUCCUACAGAAUCAAACCGUCUGGAAUGUCAAAACUUCUCCUUCCUGAAAACUAUGGCUUCAGUCGCUCCAUAUCAUGGGCCCGUUACCAAGUGGCAAUCACCAAGCAGAAAGAUUGGGAAGAGUCUAGCAGUUCCAUUUUCACCAUGUGGGAUGCCAAACAACCUGUGGUCAAUUUCCAGUCGUACAUCGACGACAACGAUAGCAUUGUCGAUGAGGAUUUGGUAGCCUGGGUAACAUUAGGAACCCAACACUUGCCACAGACAGAAAAUCUUCCAAACACUCUCACGGCAGGUGGCGCUUUGUCUCUGUUUUUGAGUCCAUUUAAUUACUUUGACGAAGAUCCGUCAAUGAGAUCCAAGGACUCGGUACGAAUUACACCAAAGGACCCCAAACGUCCGACAGAGGGGGCUAACGUACAAAGACAUCACAGAUACUCUCAUCACUGCAGCCCGAUCCCUAAUUACCCCGAUGUUCAUAUAUCUAAAAAUAGUACCACGAUAUUUACAUAACGAACGCGAGAAACCUAAAAGAAAAGUGAUACUUGAAUGGCAGCAUUCCACAUAACUUUUAAAAUUUGUUAUUCACAGUUUCAUGAAAAUCCUCUGAGGCUAUAUGCCAAUAUGAAAAAUGUGAAUGUUAUAUUUCAUUGUUUUGUAGAUUGUUUUUGGUAAAGGUGUAGGAGGUAUACAUUUCAUUACAGAAGGUUGAGAACGAUCAUGAGUUAAGGUGUGUAGACAGAUGAUCGUUCUAAUAGUCAAUGUGUAAAUAGCAUAUGACUCAACUCCGGAACCGAUUUGAAAUUAUCCAAUAGCAGUAAUAUACACGCAAAAACCGUCCAUUUUAGUCAACCUUUGAGCCUUGUUACCAAUAUUUUCCCCUCAGCGAUUGCUUUCAGCAAAAAUGGCCAACUGCUUUAUGUCGAUACCACAAUUUGAAAUGUAUAUUGGUUAAUUUCUGUUUUGAACGAGAUGUUUUACCUGUUCGUAUGAAUGUAAGGGAGUGAGAGCGACAGUUUGUUCGAUAAUCUGUGAUCCUCGGACUAUAUU